AACUGUUUUAGCAAUGAAAUUCUAUCUGCUAACGUUUUUUGCCAUAACGACCUUGUUGGCCUUAAUGGCGGUUACCCCGUCGGCAAAUGCGCAAGGAAAAGAGACCGCCAACGGAGAACCCCGAAGCCUUGGACCUGGACCAAUUAAAUCUCCACCCUUCAGCCCAUUAGCCUCCCUAAGAGCUAAUACAAGUAGUUCUAUCGAAUUCAGCAUUAGUGGAAAUAUUACUAAAACCACCUUGCCAGUCAAUACUUCCUCCUCUAUCGCGUUUGACAUCUCAGGAAAUUUGACUUCGACUGGUACUGCUUUCCCGCCAUUUCCUUUUCCAAUCCCUCUACCGUUCUCUUCCUCCAGCGACUUGACUGGACCGCCCUUUGCUUAAAAAGCAAUUAUUUAAAUAUCAUUUUAGCUGUUGACUCUGAUGACGAUGUUAGCCCACGUGCGCAGGAUGAAGAUGUCAAGGCGCCACUUGUAAGAGAGCCACGUGGUGCUUCCUUUGAUUCUUAAGUCAACUGGAAACCAAAAUCGACUUUGUUUAAUAGUUUAUUCUAAUUGGUUUAUUUUUUCCUUAUAAAAAUAUUAUAAAUAUUAUUGUGAAACAGAGA